AUGGUUGGCACAAACUUCAUCGUGUUACCAGGCAAACCAGUGAUUUUAAUUACCAUCAAUGGGCGUUUUGACUUGCAUCAGCCACUAUAUGUUUGUCAAACGUGCCAGCAUCAGUGGACCCCUGACUUGAAGGACCACCUUAGGAGUGGAUAUUGGCCAGCCUCUGUCACCAGUUCCACACUUUAUACACUGGAUCUCCUGAGCUCCUUUCAGCAACUCAAGGUCAUCUCUCCGGGAUUCUCCAGACAAGCCUUCGCAAAGCUGCUGGAGCAUCGCACUAAGAUUGGAGGAAGAUCUCGACAUAUCAACGGCGAUACACUACAGCGCAGCUUCUUAGAGUUUUCAUAUGCUUCAUUUGAGGAAAACCAGCUCUGCUGUGAUGCUCCUUUCACCUGCUCAGCCUGCACGCCGGAAAUGUUGGCUGUUUCAGCCGAUGGAAACAGAAAGCUAUAUCGCUUUUGCCGAGACACAAGCUCUGAUGAUCCUGCCUUUUUUGAGGGGUUCUUUGUGGCUGAAGACAUUGCGGUGUCUAGAUUUGUGGAAACCAUACAAGAAAGCAAUUUGUUUGUCACGCAAGUGCCACAUUCGAAAGCUGCUAGUGUCCUUCCUGCUCUUCAGGAUUUGACCACAAUGAAACAUUUCCUCAGUGUGAUGCAUGCUCGAGCCCAUGCUACUAAGUGUGAAAUUAAAUGGAGUGGUAGGAACCAGGAAGGAUCAGGGACAACCGCCGGUGAGGAGGUCGAACAAGUGAACAGCUACCUCUCACGUUGUGCCCUGACAAAGCAUAGACUCCGGGAUGAAACGGCAAGGCUUGCUGGACUAAAAACAGAGUUACUUUGCAUAGAUGAAGUGGUGUCACAGUGGCUUUCUGAUGUGAAGGUAUGGGCAGCUGGCGAGACACCAGAUACAUCUCAUGCCAGCCAAGGCACCACACACAGAGGACUUCAGCAGUCAAUUGAGGGGCUUUACAUUAGUGUGAGACAGCGGAAACAAACCCUUUACCGUCAGAAUGACAGCAGCAAUCUUCGUCACCGCCUUCGUAGGAAGCUGGCAGAAGACAAAAAAAAUCCUUCUUCAGGAGAUAGAGAAUAG